AUGGAAAGCGCAUUCUCCACAGGAUACAACAGCAAAAUAAUAAUCAAGCUGCAGACAAUGAUGAAAGUUUUGUUCCUCGUGUGUUCAGGAAUUUUGCAGUUUUCAUUAGCUGCAAACCGUCUGCGAUACUUUAAUUAUACAGAAGGGGAAGUUAACUGGAAUGCUGCAAAACAAUACUGUGCUGACCAGGGGGGGUAUUUGCUGAGUCUUUAUGAUAAAGAGGAUGAGAUGAUGAUAUAUAAUUUCACCAACCCAAUAAAAAAAGGUUUUUGGUCUGGCCUGAAGAAGAAGGAUAAUGAUACUCUCUUUUGGUCAAAUGGAGAAGCCGUCAAGUUUAACAAGUCAACAGUAACCAUUACAGAUGUAAAUCAACUCUGUGAAGCUUUUGAAAAUGGUUCAUGGAUAGGUAGUAAUUGUUCAGAAGAAAAGGCUUUUAUGUGUGAAAAUGAUGGAAACUUUAUCCUUGUGGACGAUGUUGAGAAAAACUGGUGCCAGGCAAUGCAGCACUGCAGAACACAUUUCGCCAAUUUAGCGAGUAUCAUGAAUGAACAGCAAAACGAAGACCUGCAAGACAAAAGUCAAGAAAAAAAUGUUUGGAUUGGGCUUCAGCAUGAUAACUUUGAAUGGGCAGACAAAAGUUGUUCAACAUAUAAAAAUUUACAUAGAGAGAGCAAAGGAGAAUGUAUCUCUUUCGAUAGCAAUGAAGAGGAACUUACUUGGAAUCAACUAACGUGUAAUAGUGUAAAACACAUCAUUUGUUACAAAGGCCAUGUGAGAAUCAGAGUAAUCAAUGAGCCCAAAACCUGGGAGGGCGCCCUGAAUUACUGUAAAGCCAGACAUUCACGCCUUCUAUGGAUUGAGGAUGAGGAGGACCAGAGAGCCGUCGAACAGUGGCUAAAUGUCACUUCCACUGGUUCUUUGACGCGCUUGUGGAUCGGUUUGAGGCAGAGUUCUGUCUUUGGGUUCUGGAUUUGGAGUGACCGAAUUGUGGACUAUAAGAACUGGGAGAAUGGACAACAGCCUCAGAUGCCUUUCUCCAAUCAUUGUGGUGUGAUUGAUGCUGAAACCUACAAAUGGAGAGAUGAAAACUGUAAGCUUAAGAUACCUUUCCUUUGUGAGGAGGAUAUAACAUUUAUGAAGACUUAAAAUUACAGCUUCAUUCAAUCAGCAGCAGAAAGCCUAAUGAUGUCAUUUUAACACAUCUUACAUGAUGUGUUAACAUGUCUAUUUCUCUCUCUCUCUCUUUGUUAUUGGUGGGUUUGGUUCUACGCUUAGUUUUUUUUAAUUUCAUGUAAUAAGUGUCAAAUUUUGAUCUAUAAAUCCAUAUAUUUAGGUCUCAAAUAUAUUUCCAAAAGCAAUAUUUAACCCGAAUCAGCUCAGUAUGUGAAAAGUUUUGCCAUUGUCUGCUAGUAUUUGAGCAAGAGAUUUUGUGUUGCUUUUUUGCUUGUUUUCCCAAUCAAAUAUUUCAAGAGAUUAAAAUUUUGAUAUAUAUAUAUUUUUAAAUCUUGACAAUCAGUGUGCAGAUUUUUUUAAACUUAUGCACGAUAUGUUUUAU